GAUUUUUUACAGGUAAUGGCCAUAAUAUUCCGUUUCUCGCGUUGGUUCGGUGUAGCUGGUUCCGGAAAUGCCUUCUGGAAAACAUUUGGGCUUUGCAUUUUACUUUUGCUCGGAUUCAUAGAAGGCGUUGCUAUCUGGCGUGUCGUUAAAGCACUUGCAGGAUGGGCUAUUGAUACUGAGGGUCAUAGAAGUGUGACUGUACGUCUAGCGGGUGCUACUUUCUACGCGUCUUCAAUAACUACGCUUAUUCUUUCUUGGAAGUUAUCGUCGUCGUGGGAAACAAUAGCUUCGUAUUGGUCAUCCAUUGACCGAAGUGUAGCAAUCAACGUUCCAACUGAUAAAAAAAUAAGAACUCGCAUGAUCACAGUCACAUCUGUGAUGGUAACAUGUGUUGUUGUGGAACAUGCCAUGAGCAUGAUGUCACAAGUUGGGUUUGACUGCCCGCCUUCACUUAUUCUAAAGCGGUACACACUGAUGUCUCAUGGAUUUUUGUUACUCAGAACAGAUUAUUCACUAUCUUUUGCCGUACCACUUCUAUUUAUGAGUAAAAUAGCUACGAUCCUCUGGAAUUAUCAGGACAUACUUAUAGUAUUAAUAAGCAUGGGAUUAACAUCGCGAUACAACACACUUAACCAAUACGUUGCUAAGUCCUCUUCGCCCUGCAAGGAUUUUCCUUGGAACUCUCACGAUGAGUGCAGUAAAGGUCACACGUGGCGGAGGAUCCGUGAGGCGUAUGUUAAGCAGGCCCAGCUAGUUCGCCGAUUGGAUGAGUCACUAGGCGGACUCAUCUUGCUCUCAAACCUUGUUAACUUUUACUUCAUUUGUCUACAAUUAUUUUUAGGGAUUACACAAGGACUUUCUGGAGAUCUGAUAAAACGUUUAUACUACGUGGUGUCGUUGGUGUGGUUAUGCGUCCGAGUGAGUUGCGUGGUGCUCGCGGCUGCUGAUAUAAACGUGCACUCCACGAAAGCUCUCCAACACCUCUAUGCUAGUGACAGCCACCACUACAAUAUAGAAAUUGUGAGAUUACGAAAUCAGCUCAGUAAAGAUUACAUCGCUUUAUCGGGACUGGGUUUUUUUUCCCUUAACAGAACAAUUUUAUUACAGGUACAUGGCAGGAGCUAUAAUCACGUAUGA